AUGGAACCUAAGGCUGGAGCCUUCCUGUCUGCUGGCCUCAGCGUCCUUGCACCCUCGGAAACCUAUCCGCUGCCAGUGACCAGCUCCAGUUGGGAGCCCCGCCUGGGGGCGCCGUUUCCACAGGGCCCUGGCACUAGCUCCUCUGCAGAGGCCCACGCCGUGGCUGAGCCCACUGGGCAGGGACCCAAGAACCCGCGUGUGUCCAGCGUGAUGGUUCAGCUGGAGAUGAAACCCCUGUGGGAAGAAUUCAACCAGCUGGGCACCGAGAUGAUUGUCACCAAGGCGGGCAGGAGGAUGUUCCCCACCUUCCAGGUGAAGAUCCUGGGCAUGGACACAUUGGCCGACUACGCCCUGCUCAUGGACUUCAUCCCGCUGGACGACAAGAGAUACAGGUACGCCUUCCACAGCUCAGCCUGGCUGGUGGCGGGCAAGGCUGACCCGGCCACGCCUGGCCGCGUGCACUUCCAUCCGGACUCACCAGCCAAGGGCGCCCAGUGGAUGCGUCAGAUCGUGUCCUUUGACAAGCUCAAGCUGACCAACAACCUGCUGGACGACAAUGGCCAUAUCAUCCUCAACUCCAUGCACCGCUACCAGCCGCGAUUCCACGUGGUCUUCGUGGACCCGCGGAAGGACAGCGAGCGCUACGCCCAGGAGAACUUCAAGUCCUUCGUCUUCACAGAGACCCAGUUCACGGCGGUGACGGCCUACCAGAACCACCGGAUCACCCAGCUGAAGAUCGCCAGCAACCCUUUUGCCAAGGGCUUCAGAGAGAGUGACCCGGACUCCUGGCCUGUGGCCCCAGGGCCCCUGCUCAGUACCCCAGCCCGGAGUCGCAGCAGCCUCAGUCCCUGCCUAUUGGCAGGCGCCACAGAGCAGGAGAAAGACCCCAACAAAGCUUCAGCCUCCACCUCCAGGACCCAUGUCCGGCUCCACCAUCAGCUGCUGCCCUCUCCUGAAGCCCUGCUGGCCCCAGCCACCUAUAGGCCCCUCACUUACCAGGGCCUGUACCCUGGAGCCCCAAGCCAUCUUGGGAUUCCAAGGACCCGACCAGCACCAUACCCUCUCCCCAACAUCCGGGCUAAUGGAGAUCAGGGCACCCUGACCCUCCCAGCUGGGCUGGGGCUGCUGUCCCCAACCGCUGCACACCUGGGACCUGGCCAGGACUCUCAGUGAUGGCAGAAGCCUUCUACCCUGGACCUUCACCCAUGUGAGAGUGUCUCCACCCUACCCCCUGC